ACUGCAGUUCUACCUACAACUCAUCAUGUCAGAUUUGAAUACUACUUCGAAUUGGCCCACUUUUUCCUUCAUUGGUAUCCCUGGUCUAGAGGCUGCACAUAUGUGGAUCUCCAUCCCUUUCUGUCUCCUGUACCUGGUAGCACUUGGGGGCAACGUUCUUCUCCUCCUUCUGGUUAGGGCGGAGCAGAACCUUCAUGAACCCCAGUUCUAUUUUUUGGCUAUGCUGGCCCUCACUGAUCUUGGCCUCUCAUUGUCAACAAUGCCUAGUGUCUUGGCCAUCUUCUGGUUUGAUGUCCACGAUGUUGGUCUGGAUGCCUGUCUGACACAAAUGUUCUUUAUUCACACACUCUCCUCUGUAGAGUCAGGUGUUCUAGUGGCCAUGGCUUUUGACCGCUUGGUUGCUAUCUGUGCUCCACUAACCUACACCAGAAUCCUGAAUCACCACACUGUGGUCUGCCUCAGUGGAGCUGCUCUCAUACGAGGAGCCACUCUAUUGGCCCCUUUGCCAUUUUUCCUCAGGACGUUUCCUUUUUGUGGGGCCAAUAUCCUCUCACACUCCUAUUGUUAUUACCCAGAUAUGCUUAACUUGGCCUGCGGAGACAUCACAUUCAGCAGUAUGUAUGGAUUGGCCUGUGUACUCUGCACAUUUGCAGUGGAUGUAAUCUUCAUCUUAGUAUCGUACAUGAAGAUCUUGGGCACUGUGAUGAAACUGGGGAUCCAAGAUCGAAACUGGAAAUCUCUGCAAACCUGUGUCUGUCACCUCUGCACAGUGCUAGUGUUUUACUUACCUCUCAUCAGCCUUGCAGUACUGCAUCGUUACACCCAGGAAACAUCUCCAAUUCUCUACACUACCAUGAGCAAUGCCUACCUCCUCAUGACCCCACUGCUAAACCCUCUGGUUUAUAGCCUCAAAUCCAGGCAGAUCCAAGCUGCCUUGCGCAAGCGAUUUGGAGUGCAACGUGUUGUUGCUGGGGAAUGAGGUUUCUCUAUGUAUGAAAAAUUGCAAU